GACAUUGUCGGAGUUAUACCAGAGCUCGAAGAGGUUGCUACUGAGAACUAGGGACAGCCUCGAGAGGCUCGAGCGCCUCGAGUUCUCCUCCUCCUCCUCCAAUGGCGCCGCCGUGGACACCCCCGAACUCUCUUUCGCAAUCAAGCGUGACAUCUCUCAGAUCCAAUCCCUCUGCGCCGAGAUGGACCGCCUUUGGCGCUCCGUCUCCGCCAAAUCCCAGCGCGAUCUCUGGAAAAGGAAAGUUGAACAAGUUGCUGAAGAGGCUGACUCAUUGAAAGAAAGUCUGGAUAAGUACUUCUUAGGGAAUCAGAGACAGACCCAAGAAGCUAGAGAGAGGGCUGAACUGCUUGAAAGAGCUAAUGGGGAAUCAUCUCAUGUAUUGAGAAUCUUCGAUGAUGAAGCGCAAGCAAUGCAAUCUGCCCGUUCCUCAGCCAGAAUGCUGGAAGAGUCUUAUGCAACCGGAGUGGCCAUUCUUUCCCAAUAUGCUGGCCAAAGGGAGCGCUUGAAGAGAGCACAACGAAAGGCACUGGAUGUACUCAACACAAUCGGAUUAUCAAAUUCCGUGUUAAGGGUGAUUGAGAGGCGUCUUCGGGUUGAUACAUGGAUUAAAUAUGUCGGCAUGGCUUUGACAAUCAUCAUCAUGAUUGCCUUGUGGAGGUGGAAACAACAGUAGUAGUCCUUGUGAUUCAUGUCUGUUCUUUUUGAAAGGUUAAUGAGGUUGUGAGAUGCAUUUGAAUGACAAAAGCUUAAACUGAAAAUAAUUGACUUAACUGAAA